AUGAAUCUUUGCCGAGAUCUCUGAGUGUUUGUAAAUAUUUAUUUAAAUAAUUUGUGGGGGGGGGGGAGAGGAGAGAGAGAGAUGCACUACCGCUCAAGUGAGUAGAAGGAGGGGAGUUGGAGAGUGAGUGAACACCAGUCUCAGUGUCAGCUGACAGGCUGAAAGUUUCCUGGUACUCUCUUUCCAGCAAACUGGAUCAAUGAUGGAAUUGCAAACAUUACAGGAGGCCCUGAAAGUGGAAAUACAAGUCCAUCAGAAACUUGUCGCCCAAAUGAAGCAGGACCCACAGAAUGCAGAUCUGAAGAAGCAACUUCAUGAGCUCCAGGCGAAAAUCACGGCUCUGAGUGAGAAACAGAAAAAAGUGGUUGAGCAUUUGCGGAAAGAGUUGCUGAUUAAACAGGAGCCUGAACUGAAGAUGCAGACAUUCCCAGCAGUCGCAGAUAGUAAAUCCGUGCUGCUCACGCCCGCAUGUCCACCCACAGGGCCUCCACACAACCAGGGGGUGCCACAGAAGACUCUCACCGUAACACCAGUCAUCACUGCAAAGACUCUACCUCUUGUGCUCAAAGCUGCCACCUCCACCAUGCCUGCUUCCAUAGCAAUGCAACGCCCCACCAUCGCCAUGGUCACUGCCAUCAGCAACCCCACUAGAUCUGGCGCCAAUUCCGACUCCCAGAGUACACCAAUCAACCUUCAGGUGGCCAGCAAACCUCCCAUUCAAGACACAGAAGCAACCAAACGGAUUGUCUCCAAGAAUGUCAUUGUCGUGCAGGCCACCACCACCUCUGUCCAGCCUAUCAAAGUUCCCCACUUUGUCCCUCCUCCUAGAUUGACGCCUCGACCCACCUUUCAGCCACAGGUUCGGCCAAAACCCUCCAUCCCCAACAAAGUGGCCAUUGCUCCUGCUCCUCCUCCCCCCAUGGUGGCGGCUCCCCUUAUCCAGCGGCCCCUGAUGCUCACCACCAAACUGACGUCAUCUUUGCCUGCCUUGGCCGGGCCCAUCCACCAGGUGCGCAUUGUAAACGGACAGCAGUGUACCAUUGACAAGACCAUGGCCGCUGUCACAGGUGGCACCACACGUGUCACAGGCAUCGUCAUAAGCCCUGCCCAGAUGAACAGCAACCUUAACUCGGACACAAAGGCUGUGAAAUUACAGGGAGGAUCAGAACUGGUGGUGACAAGUACACCACCCCCAUCCUCUCCACCUCUUCCUCCUCCUACUUCUAAGGUCAGACAAGAAGAAAGCCCACAGAAACUUGCCUUUAUGGUCUCUCUUGGGUUGGUCACACAUGACCAUCUUGAAGAGAUUCAGAGCAGAAGACAAGAACGCAAAAGAAGAACAACAGCCAACCCAGUGUACAGCGGAGCAGUAUUUGAACCUGAGAGGAAAAAGAGUGCUGUCACCUAUUUGAACACUCCACUGCAUCAAGGGACCAGGAAGAGAGGUCGCCCUCCCAAAUACAGCACCACCACAACCAGCAGCAGCACGGCGGUGCCGGAGCUGGGCUGCAACCCCCUGCUCUCCCCCACCAGCAGCCUUCCCGCCUCCCCAGCCCUUGAGCGGACUGAUACAGGGGGCUUUCCCCUCUCUGUCCACCCUCAUUCUGUUCCCCAGCCCAGCCCCAGCUCCGGGGAUGGAGACAUCCAUGAGGAUUUCUGCACUGUGUGCAGACGCAGUGGACAGGUGCUCAUGUGUGACACAUGUUCGCGUGUCUACCAUCUCGACUGCUUGGAGCCACCCCUCAAAUACAUUCCCAAAGGCAUGUGGAUCUGUCCUAAAUGUCAAGACCAGAUUCUGAAGAAGGAAGAGGCAAUUCCCUGGCCAGGAACCCUAGCCAUUGUCCAUUCCUACAUUGCUUACAAAGAAGCGAAAGAAGAAGAAAAGCUGAAGUUAAUGAAAUGGAGCACUGAGCUUAAGCUGGAACGAGAGCAACUGGAACAGAGAGUGAAACAGCUCAGCAACUGUAUAACGAAAUGUAUGGAGACAAAGAAUAGUAUACUUGCCCGUCAGAAGGAGAUGCAGGUCUCUCUGGAGAAGGUGAAACAUCUUGUCCGUCUCAUACAUAGCUUUAACUUAGCUCAACCCAUGUAUAUGGACAUUCUACAGGAUUCCAAACCAGAUUGCGCAGAGUCAGGGAGCCUCAAAGUCUCUAAGGAAUCUAGUCAGUUCUGUUUACAAGAGAUCCCGGUCGAGCCUACCGUGCAAGUACCAGCAGCCGUAGCAGUCCCAGAAGUGACCGAAAUAGCAGAACCUGCAGCUGCAGUCACACCUGAGGCUGUGUCAUGCGAAUCGGGGGUCAUGGAAAUGCCUGAAGCCACGUUUAGUGAAGAGAUGAUGGGUGGGGCGAAAGCAGCAGAGCCUGCAGAAUUGCCACAGGUCAGGGAUGUAAAGGCCAACGGAGGGACAGGCUGUGUUUGUACUGGCAUGAACCCAGAAGUAGACAAGGGUGUGGUUGAUACCGCAGACUCUGCGGACUCCGAGAAUAUCCCUCCUGAUGACAGACACUGCGCAGGGGAAAUGGGAAAGAUGGAGGUGGAACGGCAGGACGACGGAAGUCACGGCGUAAACAAUAACGGCAAAACCUCAGAACCUUCUCAGCAAGCUUUGCCAGCCCCUCUCAGUCACAUGGACAACCCGAAAUAGUUCUCAGCCUCAUC